AUGAAGCGCAUUGCGCUUCGGGCUCCAAGAGGAGCUCGAGAUCUGGUAUGUCAAUUCUGCGAGUUUUCCACGUCGUCCCGACGAUUGGCGAUGCGCUCCCAGCCAGCACUCGUCGCACCGCACGCUCCACGAGCUUCCAGAAAUGCCGACACAAUUACGGGCCAUUCGAGCAAUUUCACCCUUCCUAGAGCGUCUCUACACCGGUUUGCUUCGAGCUCUGCGGUUUUGAAAUCACAAGAUGACCCAGACCUCAUGCUUCGUGAAGUGCUGAAAGAUUCACAUGUUAUGAUAACUGGGACGACAUUACCAGACGAAGAGACGAUUGUACGCUUACUCGAACGUUGCAAAAGUAUUACGAAUAUUGCUCUUUCGGAUAACAAUGCUGCUGCGCAGACAGCCCAGGAUAAUGCGACAUCGUCGCUUCUUGACCUUGAGAACGAAAACGGGAGCAGUAACAAGCCAGCCCCAAAGAGGACUGUACAGAAAAAUUUCCGGCAGAGAGCAACAAUUGGGAUCUCAUCUAUGCUUAAUGAAUUACUGCGAGACCCGAAAGUUUUCAUAACACCCAAAAUCCUCCAUGAAUACACUGUGAUCCAAUCCCAGCUCAAAAAAGGAGACCACUUUCCCGAGAUCUUUUCCCUCUACGCAAACAAACCCGCACCGCAAGUCAGCGGAUCAACAAUCACGUACCGUGCUGUCAAUCCUAAAACACCGAAGAACGCAAUACCACAGAAACUUGCCGAUAUGGCCCUCGAGGUUGCCAUUGAGCAAAAGAAUCUAUCCCUUGCUCUCGCUAUCGUUGACACAACCUUUUGCACGCCGGCUUUCCGCCGCGCUAAAGUUCUACAGCGGGCCUCCCUGCCUAUAGCGGGAUUAAUCGGUACUCCCCCGGCAGCGUAUAUGGCCGCCAGCUAUGCUUCCACUUUCCAAAACACCAUGAAUCCCACAACUUCAACGUGGAUUGCCUUCUCUGCCAUCCUAGCCUACAUUACAUUUACAUCCUCAGUGGGAUUGGUUGCUAUUGCCACCGCAAACGAUCAAAUGCAACGUGUUGUAUGGAUUCCCGGCAUGCCACUUCGACAACGCUGGUUGAGGGAGGAGGAACGUGCAGCAAUGGAUAGGAUAGCCGUGGCUUGGGGUUUCAAAGAUCCAUGGAUGCAUGGUGAAGAGGAGGGAGAAGAGUGGGAUAACCUAAGGGAGUUCUUGGGUAUGAGAGGCAUGGUUUUGGAUAAAACAGACUUAAUGGAAGGCAUGGAAUAA